GGCGGUUUCAAUCAAAGAUGGCGGCCAAAAUUAUUCUGUUAACAAUUCUCGCAUUGGAAAAGGCGUAGUUUACAGCGAAUUAGCGGUGUUUUGAGUUUCUUUGAACACAACUGUACGUCGAAGCAGAGGUAGAACAUGGCCUCCAACAAUCUAGCGGUACCCAUUGUCCUGUGGGGCCAUGUGCCCCCAACCCACUGUAUCUCCGCCAUCCUCCUCACCAGUGAUCAGCGUACCGUGGUCACGGGAUGUCACGACGGACAGAUCUGUCUGUGGGAUCUCAACGAAAACAUGGAGUUGGUGCCCAGAAAUAUGUUGUUUGGCCACACGGCAAAGAUCACAUGCUUGGCCAAGUCUACAGACACAUGGGAGAAGUGCAAUGUUGUCAGUGCUGCUGAAAAUGGAGAGUUGUGUUUGUGGGACGUUAGUGAUGGAAGAUGUAUUGAGCACACCAAGCUGUCAGGCACACAUACUGCAAUAUAUCCGUACCAAGUUGGUAACAGUAGUUCGCGUGAAUACCGACUGAUUUGUCAUGGGUACUACGCCGAGAUUCUUAUCAUGGAUGCCAACAGUCUGGAGGUGCUGUUCUCCCUGUCCUCCAAACUCUCCCCUGAUUGGAUCAGCUGCCUCUGCAUCCUCCGACCAAUCAAAAGACACGAGGAUGUAAUAGUAGCUCUGUCUACAAGCGGAACUCUCAAAGUGUGGACAUUAACAGGACAGGAGACUAAGCCUUGGAGACGAAAGUUACAGAUUGGAGGAGCGCACGAGAAGCGGGUGAAGGAGUCGGAGCCAAUCUUUGAGACGGAAUCGAAGCCCCUUCGCUGUCUGAAUGCCAAGACACUAGCAUGCUGUCAGUUCACCCAGAGAACAGUUCUCAUCGUGUGCAGCAACUACUGGCAGGUGUAUGACGCUGGCGACUUUUCGCUGUUGUGUUCUGUACCGAACAAGAAAGGUGAACCGUGGACAGGAGGAGAGUUUGUGGCCGGAGAUCGCGUUAUCGUGUGGAGUAAGGCCGGGCGCGGGAGCCUCUACCAACUUCCCUCUUGCUGUAUUCCUGACAGUGCUGACUUCAGAUCCGGGGUCGGACAAGCAGCGGCAAAAACACCAGCCCCGUUCCAGUACCUCAUCAUGGAGAUACAGCCCGCAAAAAUUAGAAAGCCCCUCGCUUGCACCCCAGCCAUGAGCUUUUCAUUUGGUCGCCGUGGAUCGUACCACAAGCUGCUGCUGCGGGGGGAUUCACACGGGAGGGUCACCAUGUGGAAGAUCCCUGACAUCACAGAAAAGGAGCUGUCCCGCCUGAAACAGGAGGAUAUAGUGGACCGACCCCCAGACAUGCCCCCACAUGUGUCUGUGAGCCUACAGGAUGUAUGGGACUCCAUGGAGCUUAAACCAGCAGGGAUCAUUGAUCAACUGAGCACAAAACAGGAUAACACCCCACUGGCCAUCACGGCAAGCCUGUACCUCCCCGCACAAGGCCGUUUGGUUUGUGGGAGGGAAGACGGCAGCAUCAUCAUUGUACCUGCCACACAGACUGCCAAGGUGCAGCUACUACAGUGUGAACACACCAAACAGAGAGGUUGGCCCCCACACCGUAUCCUGAGAGGUCACAAGGGAAAGGUGACGUGCCUGGUUUACCCUCACCAGGAGUCGCUGCGCUACGACCCACAGUACUUGGUGUCAGGCGGCGUGGAUUUUGCUGUGUUGCUGUGGGACCUGUUCAGCGGACAGCUCCUGCACACGUUCUCUGUGCACGGCGGGGAAAUCACGCAGCUGGUCUGUCCCCCCGACAACUGUAACUUAGAAGACCAGUACCCUACUGGAACCCCUGUGGCUCGCGUGCUGCAGUCGGUGUGUUCGGUGGCCUCAGACCACUCAGUGGCGCUUCUGAGUCUCCGUGAGCGAAAAGCGCUACUGUUGGCCGGACGUCACCUGUUCCCGGUACAGGUCAUCAAGUGGCGCCCUGCUGACGACUUCCUGGUGGUCGGAUGUCUGGACAAUACCGUCUACGUCUGGCAGAUGGAGACCGGUCACCUAGACCGUGUGGAGAGUGGCAGUGUUGCACAGGACAUCCUAAAUGCCUGCGAUGAGACCAUCCUCCCCAGCGAGAGCACCACCACACUGGCACAAGCACUCAAACGAAGAAGUCUUGCUGCCUUCAAAAAUGUGGCUCAGAGAGCUGCCUUCCAGGUUCUUCAGACUUCCACAACCAGCCAAUCACAAGCCGAGGUCUCCAAAUCCCAGAACUUUGCCCUGUCAAUCACCCCUAUGCGGACCAAUCCCAAGGACUCUGACUUCCAUGUCUUGUUUUUCGAUACUGAAGCUCUCAUUGUCCAGCUUCUCACAGACGAGACUCUCGGUUUGUCCUCUCCGAUCACCCCUGAGCCAAGUAAGCAAAAGGACCAAUCCGAAUCUCCAUCAUCCAAACGUCGCACUCUCUUCAGUUCUGUAGGUGAGACCAUCAAAGCUCAAGUCAGCGAGACCAUAAAAUCACAGCUGAAACAAGGCUCGGACUUCAUUGACCUAAAAAUGAUGUCCGGAAGCCCAAAGAAAGAGCAAACAAAUGGUCAGAAGGAGAGUGUUGAUUUAGAGUACAAGUCCAAACGCUCAAAGAACUUAACACUGUUAGAGUAUAACCUUACUUUAGACAUUGCUCAGCUGUUGAUGUCAUGUCUACAUGCAUGGGGGUUGGAUCUAGAGUUGGACAAGCUUUGCCUGUUCAAACUUGGACUGCUGAAACCGCACAUUCCGGUUUCGUUUGGCCUGAUCUCCCGCGGAGGACACAUGUCCCUGAUGCUGCCAACGUGGUACAAGUACAGAGAGAGAGUGACUACGGGAUUGGCUGAACCAAAAAUGACGCAGCUCGUCCCGAGCGCAGCGCAGGUGGAGCCAGCUGGAGUUCCCCGCGUCGGUUCUUCACUGGUGCACAGCGGGCACUGGGAGAUAUCGUCUGCUGUCACAACACAACAUCUGCUGUCAGUCAUUUCUGUAGCCAAUACUCUGAUGGGGAUGACAAACGCAAGUUUCCUUGGAGAGAAAAUAAACCAAGGCAAGAGAACAAGUCCACUUGUGCCCACAGUUGAGUCUAUAGCUCAGGAUCUCUUGGAAAAGUUCGUAGUUGACCGCAGUGAGACAGGCUGUGAACUAAUGAGCAUUGUGCUAGAGAGUGAGCGAGUCAGGAGAAUUAAGCAGGUUGGAGUGCAGGGGCUGAUUGUGGGGGAGGUUAACACUGACUCAUCAGAUGGUACAGACUCUGAAGCUGAAGGGAGUAUGCCUCCAUCCAUUCAACAGUCACAAUGCCCCUCCUGUAUACAUGCAUGGCUACAGGCCUACCAACAUUUCCAACUCAGUGACGACCAAGAAGUCAAAGAGGCUCAGAUAAAGCAGGGCUGGAGCCUGCUGGCAGCGCUGCACUGCGUGUUACUGCCGGAUCUGCUGGGGAAGGAGCGCUUCCAGCCGCCGCAGCUGCAGAUGUUAGCCAGGCGCUGGCAGGACAGGUGUCUGGAGGUACGUGAAGCAGCACAGGCCCUGAUGUUAGCGGAGCUGCAGCGUAUCGGACCUGAGGGACGGAAGGAGGUCAUCGACUCGUGGGCGCCACACCUUCCCAACUACGUGGAUCCUCAAACCUCUCAGUCACCCGAGUCACAACCCUCCUCUGCCUCCUCUCCUAAAGACAAGACUGAACCUACUGCAGAACCUGCCAAGGAGGAAGACACAGACCAUCUUCAGGAUGAAGACCUUAUCUCUGGGUGUGCGCCCAGUUUAAUGGAAGAUGAGGUCUCACAGGAAUCUUCUCCUGUUAGCAGAAACUGCUCCCCUGAAAUGGCAUAUCCCACCCAGAAAAAGGCCUCCAUGCCCUUUGAAGCCAGGCGUAACCAGGCCACUGCCAUUGUGAUGCUGGGGGUGAUAGGUGCAGAGUUCGGGGCGGAGAUAGCGUCUAAGGGACAGAACGAAGAACAGAAGAAGAAGGCCAGUCGGGCACCUGAGGGGUUCAGCAGGGACAACUACUCACUCGCAAGACACACCAAAGAGAAGCUGAUGAUUAAGAGCACACAGAAGGGAGUCACCAGUAGAAAGAAGGAUAUGAGCAUUGCUCAUAAAGAAGGCAAGGCGCUGACGUAUCUACUCCUGGCACCGCCCAGCGGCAAGCUCCCCGCACACACGCCAAUCAGGAGGGCUGCCAUCGAUCUGAUUGGCCGAGGGUUCACAGUGUGGGAGCCAUACAUGGAUGUGUCAGCUGUGCUGUUGGGUCUGCUGGAGCUGUGCUGUGAUGCUGAGAAGCAUGCAGCCAGCAUGAUGAGUGGGUUACCCCUGACCCCUGCUGCUGACUCCUGUCGAACAGCCCGCCACGCGCUGUCCCUCAUUGCCACCGCCCGUCCAUCUGCGUUCAUCACCACCAUGGCAAAGGAGGUGGCUCGUCAUGCGGCCAUGGCGGCCAACGCGCAGUCCCAGAGUGCACCCAUCCACACGUCAGUGUUGGUACGCGGAAAACCGGAGAUACUGAGGGUCAUCGAACUGCUGAUUGACAAGAUGCAGAGUGAUGUGGCUGAAUUGAUUGUGGAGGUUAUGGACAUCACGGUCCACUGUCUGGACGCCGCCCAGCUGAAGCAGAAGGGACUGCAGGAGACCUUCCCUGCCAUCUGUCGCUUCAACAUGGUCAGCUACGACAACCACAGCCGCCGCAUCGCCGUGGGCGCCAGAAAUGGCUACCUGGCAUUGUACGACCAAAAGACCGCCAAAUGUCAAAUGAUUGCUGCCCACGGCGCUCCUGUCAUGGCGGUAGCGUUCUCUCCUGACGGCCGUCAUCUUGCCACGUAUUCAUACCAAGAGAACAAGCUUCUGUUUUGGCAGAUGGCUGCUGGGUUGUUUGGUAUGAUGAGCGGUUCCAGUAUCAAGUGUAUCCGGUCUCACGACACCCGGCCGGCGCGUGCCGGUAGCAACACCUCGCUCAACAGUCUCCUGAAGGGCGUACGCCUGGUUUGGAUCACGCAGAAAAAUGUGAUCGUGCUUACCGGGGACGGUUCCGAACAGAAGUUCAGUGUCUAGUGAGAAGCAAGUUUCAAGUACUGAGAAUCGUCAAAUAUUUCCAGUAUUUCAAGUUUGUGGUUUUUGCAGUCCCUUCCCUACCAUGAACACAUCAAGCCUGCAAUAUAAUUGGCAUUUCCAUUUUUCUGCCAGCAAUUGUUUCCAGAUCUCCAGACUCAUUGAUACCACAUGCACUUGACUUACCCCAUGACAUGAAAUUUUGGAGCUGCAAGCUUAAUAAUGAAUGUACAGUAGUAUGAUAACAUACAACUUUCAGUGACAAGGAAGUUUGAUUUUAGGAAGUUCUCUGUAAACAGACUCUGUAAACUGUUAGCAGAGUUUUAGCCAUUGGGAGCAGACCAAAGCUAAGAAGCCUGGAGUCCAGGCUACUGUACUGCUUUUCUACCCAAGCACACUUCAUGAAUAAAAGAGAAGGCUUCGCAUCCAGUCCAAAGGACAAUUAGACAUCUAACUUGUAGUUUAGUCAGAGUAUAUUAUGGUGGAGAUUGAAAUCUGUCAGAAUCACUGAAUCUACUCGCAGAGAUUGCAGUCUCUCUAUGUAUUAGCAGAAUUAGCAUUUCUGCCAGAAUGUAGUCUUAAAACCAAUAUCUGUAAAAGUGAUAUUACCACAUUAUUAGCCAUUCCUUCUUAGUGAACUAGUUGAAGGAAAGUGCAUUAUUGUACCAAGAGUCGUUGACAACAUUAUACUAACGUAAGGGUGCUUAAGUUUGAUAAGAUACAUACAUUGUAGUAACCUAUAUUGUACAAUGUACAUGUAUGUGGUCAUCAGCUCAAUAGAAGUGUAGUGACUCUAUUGAUGGUAAAUAUGUUAUUAGCUAUUAGCAAUAACUUUAAAUGCUUUGAUGUGCAAUCUGUAUGAUUUGAUAUGUGUUCAGCAGCAUAUGACUAUAGUUGAUACAUUUGGCUUUAUUUAGCUUGAACUUCUUUUGCCAGUCACUAUUUUCAUCCUCAGAGUCUUAGAAUUUGCAGCCAUGUAAUGAUUAAAAGUACUUAGUACUUGUACAGGGGUUGGUCCGUAAGGUAUGUGCUUCACCAAGAAAUAAGGUGCACAAUUCAGAUUUUUGAGGCUUUUAUAAAUGUCUGCCAGAAUUCAAAUCAUAAUAAGGCCACACCAAUUUUAUUUGUUGCUUCUUGGAUUCACCUAUGCAUUUUUUUUCAUUUUCAGAGAAAAAAAACAACACAAGUUUUGCUAUCACAAAGCUGUAAAUAUUGCCAUUCAGAGCCACAUACACAUAAUUUCAGUCAAAAGAUUGCCUUUUAUUCAGAACAUCAGUAACAAAUCGAAGGAAGCGAUCCAUUGCAUAAAACGCAUCAAACCCCUCAGGCUGUUUGUUUUGUUUAAGCCAUAUAUCUUCACCCCAGACCUUUUGAAAAAAAAAACUUGUUUUUUCGACCUGUCGGUCCUUUUUUUUUUAAAUCUGAGAAGCAACAAAUAGAAUUGGUGUGGGCUAAUCAUUACUUGGCAGGCAACGCACAGUAACAUCUAAGGUUAGAGAAAGGAAAAAUCCCGAACAAUUGAGCUGCAACCUGGGGUGCUUGGGUCAACUUGCUCUGCUGUAAGUCAGAUGCACCUCUUUCAAGUUGAAAUGCAUGUACACAGGGAAUCCUCGUCAAACAUUUUGACAUGUCAUAAAAGAUUUUAUGGCAUGAGAAACUUGAUUCACAGCUCACCAUUGUUUUUCUAGUCACUUCCUGGUUUUCUUAAGGAUGUUGACUGGAAAGUAGAUCAUUUUAGAUGUGGCAGAUAUUGAAAUUGUACUAAAUGUGUAAGGUUAUGCUCCAAAGUUACACUGUACACACCAUAUUUCUGGAUGAGAAGCUCUAUACCUGUAGAAUAUACUUGUAAGCAUGGUGACAAAAAUGCUUUACUUAGUAUCUUACUAAGUAGUGAGCAUUGUAACAUUCCAUAUGUAUUCUUGUGUUGACAGUCAUACAUGUUACAUCGUGUGUGGUGUUGUGCAAUAUGUUUGUAGAUAUCAUGUUGUUUGGUUUUCUUUAUGGGUAUAACCUCAAUAUGUUUCAUUUUUAGAGUAAUUGGCUUUUUGUAUUUAUUUUAAUUUUAUGUUCUGCUGUAAUUUCCUUUAUGAAUAUUGUCCUAAAAGUGGUAAUUGAAUGUAAUAUCAAUAAAAAUGUGUCAUCACAGUA